AUGAAUCGCAUAUUACGACUUAACAUUUUGUUGACUAUCGUCUUCGAGUUUGUGAAUCUUAGCCAUGGAUUUGUUGGAUUUUCGAUGAAAUACGAUGUCGUUCUAGAUCAACUGUGGUCCAAGCUGCAUAAGUCAAAACCGUUGGAAUUUGUUCAGCUGGAAGGCGAAAAAACCCCGGACCAGUUACUUAAAAUCUAUGAUGGUGAUGAUUGUGAUAGAGUUUGCAAUAGUUCCGAACCGGCUCGGAUUUGUACCUUCUCGUGGAUAGCCGAGACAUACUCUGCCAUGGGAUCGGCUUGCAAAGACUGCCGCUGGGGCAACCCGGCCGAUUGCUUCCAUCCACAGUGCAUCACGGCCGACGGGAUGGAACGAGGUGUGGUAUCUCUGAACCGCAAGAUUCCUGGCCCAACGAUUGCCGUCUGUAAGGGGGACAUCGUGGUGGUGGAUCUGGCCAACAUGAUGGAAGGUUCGGCAGCUUCCAUUCACUGGCACGGUCUCCAUCAGAUGCAAACGCCCUGGAUGGAUGGAGUCCCGAUGGUAACUCAGUGUCCGAUUCCCUACGGAACCACCUUUCGGUACGUCUUCAAUGCCAGUGAGCCCGGAUCUCAGUUUUAUCAUUCCCAUGCCGGGCACCAGAAAGCCAACGGCCAUUUCGGUUCGUUGAUAGUGCGGAACUCCGAGGACAUCAAUAGGGAGCUGUAUGAUUAUGAUUUAACCGAGCACAUAAUUCUCAUCGCUGAUUGGCUGCUGGAUUUGGCGGAAAAGUUCGUUCCCGGAGUGCAGAGCAGCACCAUUCAGAUGGAUUCGAUUCUAAUCAAUGGACGCGGAAGACAUUUCGAUGAAGAAGAACUGGAGUGGCAACAUUCGCCUCUUGCCGUUUAUCGUGUGGAACAAGGAAAACGAUACCGUUUCCGGAUGAUCAGCAGCGGCAGUCAGUUUUGUCCCUUCCAGCUACAGAUCGAGCACCACCGGAUGCAAAUUAUUUCCACCGACGGAGGCGCCGUUCAACCGGUCACAGUCGAUACCCUGAUAUCGACCUCCGGUGAACGAUACGAUUUUGUCCUGGCCGCGGACCAAAAACCCGGAAACUACUGGGUCCGGGUGCGGGCGAUUGGCUUUUGCAAUAUCAACCGGAAGGAGGUGUUUGCAGUGCUGUCCUACAGUCCGGCAUCCGAGGCAAGCGAACAGGAGCUGGCUUUCCCGACAACCGUUCCACCUGGCUGGGAUGACCCGUUUCCGGAUGGUGUUACCCUGAAUCAACCGAACAGCACCUGCUAUCAGCCGGAUAGUCAAUUUGUCUGCGCCGCUGACCUGGAAGCUCACGAACAGUUCCGAGACGAUGCCUUAAUUGAUGCCGUGCCAGAUCGAAAAUUCCACAUAGCCUUCAACACAUUCACGGCCGACAACGAGCAGCUGUUUUCCGACCACGGAUACGUCCAUUACAUGACCGUUGCACUAACUCUGAACAACAUCGGAAUAACAAACAACAUCAGCAUGAUGUACCCUCCGUUUCCGCCCCUCACCCAACCGGAACUGCUACCAACGAUAGCCGGAAACACCUGCAACACCACCCAUCGGCCUGCCCGUUGCCCACCGGAUCGUGCCUGUUUCUGUACGCACAUACUCAAGGUCGCCCUGAACGACGUCGUGGAAAUUGGUCUUAUUGACGAUGCCGAAGUAAUUAGGGAGCUGUACCAUCCGUUCCAUCUGCACGGGCAUCGAUUCAUCGUAACGGGAAUGGGUCAGCUGCCACACUCGAAACGCACUUAUCCGGAAAAGUUGCGCUGGGUCAAGGAGCAAAAGUCAGCUCACAAAACGGCGGCGAGGCGACGUGGAAUGCCGGACAGUCAUAAUCCGCCCUACAAAGAUACCGUCUACAUUCCCAGCCGAGGCUACACCAAAAUACGAUUCCGAGCCGAUAAUCCAGGAUUCUGGCUGAUCCACUGCCACUUCGAGUGGCACCUGGGCAUCGGAAUGAGUCUGAUCUUGCAAGUUGGUGAAGUCGAGCAGAUGAGAAAACCUCCUCCCGGAUUCCCCACUUGCGGUGAUUUCAAACCAGAACCGAGCAGCGUCUUUGAUUUCAAGUGA